GAGGCCAAAGUCCACCCGAGAAGAGGAGCUCGGUGGUUCGAUGCUUACGGAUUCACUCAAGCCGCUUCGCCUGCGGACUCCCGAGCGGGUUGAACACCGACCGACACGAGACGAGGAAGCCCCGAGGUGUGCGCUCCGUGAGCGCUGUUUACGGUCAGGAUGGACAGGAAGCAGUGCUGCGUGAAGCUCUCGGUCCAGCCGUCCAGAGGACUCAUGGACGAGAAGUUUCUCGUCCUGGUCCAGAGCGUCCUCCCUGGUUUCCAGCUGACCGUCUACGCCUCCUACAGGUGUGAUGAUGGUCACAGCUGGGAGGCGUUCGCUCACUACACCGCCAACGCCAGCGGGACUGUGAACGUUUCAGAGGAUCACAGUCUGGGGGGGACAUAUUGUGGGGUUGAACCGAUGGGCCUCAUGUGGAGCCUCAGACCAGUUCCAGGAAGCAAACCUGGACUCCGGAUGAGGAAGAUGAACGUCCUGACUCCCAUGGAGGUCACAAUCUCGGUGUACCGGGGCCACCUGACGGAGGGCUUCGUGGACCAGGUGCCGUUGGCCGCCGUGGUGGUGGAGCGCUGGUACAUGGCCCCCGGCGUCCGCAGGGUCCCGGUUACGGAGGGGGGACUCACAGCGACCCUCUUCCUCCCCUCAGGACCGGGCCCGUUUCCCGGCCUCCUGGACCUGUGGGGGGGUGGAGGGAAGUUGGUGGAGUAUCGGGCAGCACUGCUGGCCUCCCACGGCAUCGCCUCCCUGGCCCUUGACUACCUGACCCCCCAAAUCACCAAAGAAAAUGGCAAGAUGGUGGAUAACAAUUAUUUUGAGGCGGCCUACAGAUUCCUGGAGCAGCACCCUCAGGUCAUCGACAGCAGGAUCGGCAUCUUGGGACUUUCCUUCGGCACCAGCAUCGCGUUAAAAAUGGCGGUUUACUCCCAAGUUUUUAAGCUCAGGUGUGUAGUGUGUAUCAGUGGGAGUCAUGUGCAGCCGAUCAAAGGAUCUGUGGAACAAAUAAUGACUUCAUUUCACAAUAACGUCGAUAAGACUCGCUUCAACGAGGAACAACAAGUGAUCUGGAGAGAUCUGCUGCUGCCCAUCCCCACCGACCCCUCCCUCAAAGUGGAAGUGGGACGUCUCAGGUGUCCUCUGCUGAUGGUCGUGGGCGAGGACGAUCAGAACUGGCCCGCCCACGAGUCCGCUGUGGACGUGAAGGAGAUGAUGCAGCGGGCCGGCAACGACCACCUGCUGACUGUCCUGUCGUACCCCAGCGCAGGUCACCUGAUAGAACCUCCCUUCACGCCGUUUGCCCGAGCCAGCAGCUACAAAAUCCUGGGCCCCCCCCUUCAGAUGGUGAUGGUUCUGUGGGGCGGAGAGACGGUGGCACAUUCCCGCGCUCAGGAGGACGCCUGGAGGAAGACGCUGGUCUUUUUGAGGGAGAAUCUGUACAGAGCUACUUCCUCCUCCCACCUGUAACCAAGUUGGCACCUUUUGAUUCUAGAGUUUCUCCCUCUCCUGGUCAGGAUGCACUGAUCGACUUCAUUGCUUCUCAUAGAUGAUGUUAAGUGGACACGCUUUGAUUGACGUGAAAUGUCCUUUAGAUUCAGUACAAAAGAUGAAUAACUACUGUAUAUAGUGCUUUAAGAGGAUUAAACCAAAGUACAAAGUACAGAUGUAUUUCAUUCAUAGAAUAUUGUCCAGAGGUUUGGAGUUGCUCUUUUCACUCUUGCUGUUUUCCUGCUGAGACUCAAUGUUCUUACUCUACUUGCUUACUUAUUUGCUGUUUUGGAAUAAAGCCUCCAGACAGCAAGAAGACGGAGUUUAUGAAAAUUCUUGAUUAAAAAAGACAGGAAACCAUUUAUUUUAUUCUCUAUUGUGUCAUGUUGUAGCAUCAUUACAUUAAUAACAUGACACGCUCUUGUCUACAUUUACUGAUUAUUGCUUAAAAACCCUCUGCAUCAUUCUACAGCAGUCCAAACCCAAUAAACACAUUCUGCAAGGAUUA